AUGACAGUCGCAAAACGCCUUCGUGAGAUUGGCAACUACGGGAAAGCACACAUUGAAAGUGUGGCUAUUCGUCUGGACGAGGAAUGGCGACGUUUCAAGCACAUCAAUGAGCAGCGCUCACGCCUGCUCGACUUGGCCCUCUCAUUUCAUCGCAAAAGUCACAUUUCCCUCGGUCCCAUGUCUUGCUUUUGCUUUUGCUUUCGAAUUACAUAG